AGAUCUCUUCCUCCUCCUCCUCCGGUCUGCGUCGUCACACUUCUCCUGCCACUGAACUGAGAUGCCUGUAGCGAUGAGGUCGGUCAGAGACACAGCUGCGGUGGGUCGGUUUCCAACUGUCAAUUUCUGGGAGGAGACGGAAAAAGAAACAGAAAAACCAGAAGAAAACAACGUCCAGAAAGAAAACGCGUGUCAGCAGUGGCUGCGAAAGGUCUGUCCGUGCUGCUGUCCCAAGCCCAACGACGAUGACAUCACAGACACUGUGAUCACAGGUAUUGAUGACGGAGAUAAGGAGGAUGGCACAAAUGGCGGGAAGCCCGUGACUGAUGGCGGCGAGCUUGAUGAACUCCUUCUCAAAGUUCAGUCGGUCGACCUGAUGAAGAGCCGGUCAGGGGAGAACCGCACGGAGCAUCACACCAGUCUCUACCAAAGUGAUGACUUCAUCAUCCGCAGAGGGCAGACCUUCCAGAUGUGGAUCACCCUGUCACGACCUUUUAACCCCAACACUGACAAACUUCACCUCGACCUUAAGACAGGGCCACUGCCAGCAGUGUCAAAGGGAACCCAUGUCAUCAUCCCUCUGGUGGAGGAGCUGGAGGACGAUGGUUGGGAGGCUGCUGUCGUGUCACAGGACGACAAGAGGAUUAAACUGUCAGUUCAUUCUCCUCCCACGGCCGCCAUUGGCCGAUAUAAACUCACGGUGGAAACCAGUGGCGCAAACGGCCGCGCUGUUUCCACACACGACCCCGCCAACGACAUCUACAUGUUGUUCAACCCCUGGUGUGAAGAGGACACAGUGUUCAUGGACUCUGAGGACGAGAGGCAGGAGUACGUCCUCAACGAUGUUGGACGGAUCUACUACGGCACAGAGAAUCAGAUCGGAGUGAGGACCUGGAACUACGGCCAGUGUGACGACGGGAUCCUGGCCGCCUGCCUCUUCGUGCUGGAGAAGAGUGGAACUCCUCCGUCUGGCUGGGGAGACCCGGUGAACGUGGUGCGGAUCAUCUCAGCCAUGGUCAACUCCCCCGAUGACCGAGGUGUCGUGCAGGGAAACUGGUCAGCAAACUACACAGGCGGGAGCAGUCCCACGCUGUGGAGUGGAAGUGUGGAAAUCCUGAAGCAGUACCAUAAAAGCAGCGGCUCCCCCGUGAAGUACGGCCAGUGCUGGGUGUUUGCUGGCGUGGUCACCACAGUGUCACGGUGUCUGGGCGUCCCCUGUCGGACCGUCACCAACUUCAGCUCGGCUCAUGACACAGACGUCUCCUUGACGACGGAUGUGUACUUGGACGAGAACCUGGAGCCUAUAGCUCACCUCAACGCCGACUCCAUCUGGAACUUCCACGUGUGGAACGACUGCUGGAUGGCUCGUCCAGACUUGCCCCCGGGUAACGGAGGCUGGCAGGCUGUUGACUCCACCCCCCAGGAGACCAGCCAGGGCACCUUCCGCUGUGGCCCCGCCUCUCUUUCUGCUGUCCGCAAUGGUCAGGUCUACCUCAAACAUGACUGUCCGUUCGUGUUUGCAGAGGUAAACAGUGAUAAGAUCUACUGGCAGAGGAACGCAGACGGGACCUUCAGUCAAAUCUACAGCGAGAAAAAGGCCGUGGGCCACAACAUCAGCACCAAGGCUGUUGGCUCUGAUGAACGCAGUGACAUCACGCACCUUUACAAACAUCCUGAAGGCACAGAGGAGGAACGCAUCGCCGUGGAAACAGCAUCUCGAUACGGCUCCAAAGCCGAGGCCUAUUCGUCUCCCACAGCGGAGGACGUCUCUGUCGAAGUGACCAUGGAGGGUGAAGGUCCUAAAAUGGGAGGGGACGCAGAACUGACCAUCAAGUUGAAAAACAGCAGCUCAGAGCAGCGCACAGUCCUCCUGCACAGCCAGGCGGCGGUCAUGUACUACACCGGUGUCCACAAGGCCACGGUCAGAAAGGACAACACAGACGUGCACGUGCUGCCCAACGAAGUCAAGAUUUUGGAGUGGUCCCUGAACUACAAAGACUACAAGGACCAGCUGAUCGACCAGGCCGCCCUGAUGCUGACACUGUCAGGCAGGGUCACAGAAACACAGCAGGUCCUGGCCACUCAGUUCAGCUUCCGACUCAGGACCCCAGACCUCAUCCUGAAGCCAAUCGGGAAGGCCGUGGUAGGUGAGAAGACGUCAGUGGAGAUUUCAUUUACGAACCCGCUACCACGGGUGCUGAAAGCAGUGACCUUCCACGUGGAGGGACUCGGCCUCAUGACCGCUCGAAAGAUCCGUUAUGGAGAUAUUGGCAGCCACGCCUCCAUGUCUCUCACCGAGCACUUCGUCCCCACGCUGCCCGGGACCAGGAAGUUACUGGCUUCACUGGACUGCCAGCAGCUCACCCAGGUCCACGGUGUGACCGACAUCACUGUGGGGGAGAAGAGCGGCGCCGCUCUAUAGCCAUGUGACUCACGCUGACGCUGAAUGUCUGAAGCAUUUUCCCAUGUAAUAUAACGUAUAUGGAAAGCUUCUAUUUAUUUAUACAACACGGCGACCACGGACAACUACUCAUGAAACAACGGAACCUUUUCUACCUUAGCACACAUCACGCUGUUUUACGUUUUAAUGCGACGUAGUUCUACAACAUGCAGGUGUGUGAAGUGCAGCUCUGAUCAUUCUUCCACAGAGGAUACACAACGUGGCAGCUCCAACCAAAGUGUGUUGAGAUCAUGUCUCCUAUUUAUAUAAACUAUGUAUUUAUUUUGUUUACACUGUGUGAU